CACAAAGACGGUCUCUCGCUGGACUUCUGUUUCCUGCAAGUCUGACGUCACCUGCCAGCACGCCACGUGUCCGAGCAACUCCACGUGCAUGCCAACGAGUGACAGCAAGGGCGUCACCUGUGCAUGCAACCCGGGCUUUGCUGCAAGGAAUGGCACUUGCCAUGACAAUUGUGAUGCCGUGAAGUGUGGGCCUGGCGGCAACUGCGAGAGGGAUGCAAACGGAGAUCCAUCCUGUAGUUGCAGCGCUGGCUUCACGUCGUCUUCUGACAAGCUCUCUUGCAUUGACAACUGUGAUGCGGUGAAGUGUGGGCCUGGCGGCAACUGCACGAGGGAUGCGAGCGGAGAUCCAUCCUGUAGUUGCAGCGCUGGCUUCACGCCGUCUUCUGACAUGCUCUCUUGCAUUGACAAUUGUGAUGCCGUGAAGUGUGGGCCUGGCGGCAACUGCACGAGGGAUGCGAGCGGAGAUCCAUCCUGUAGUUGCAGCGCUGGCUUCACGCCGUCUUCUGACAAGCUCUCUUGCAUUGACAAUUGUGAUGCCGUGAAGUGUGGGCCUGGCGGCAACUGCGAGAGGGAUGCGAAUGGAGAUCCAUCUUGUAGUUGCAGCGCUGGCUUCACGCUGUCUUCUGACAAGCUCUCUUGCAUUGACAACUGUGAUGCCGUGAAUUGUGGGCCUGGCGGCAAUUGCGAGAGGGAUGCGAACGGAGAUCCAUUCUGUAGUUGCAGCGCUGGCUUCACGCCGUCUUCUGACAAGCUCUCUUGCAUUGACAACUGUGAUGCCGUGAAGUGUGGGCCUGGCGGCAACUGCACGAGGGAUGCGAACGGAGAUCCAUCCUGUAUUUGCAGCGCUGGCUUCAUGCCGUCUUCUGACAAGCUCUCUUGCAUUGACAACUGUGAUGGAGUGAAGUGUGGGCCUGGCGGCAACUGCACGAGGGAUGCAGAAGGAAAUCCAUCCUGUAGUUGCAACACAGGCUUCAAGCAGUCUUCUGACAAGCUUUCUUGCAUUGACAACUGUGAUGCGGUGAAAUGUGGGCCUGGUGGCAACUGCACGAGGGAUGCGAACGGAAAUCCAUCCUGUAGUUGCAGCACUGGCUUUAAGCUGUCUUUUGACAAGCUCUCUUGCAUUGAUUCUAAAUGCUUUGCUCUAGGCUGCUCGCCGGGUGGGACUUGUGCAAAGGAUAACAGCACUGGAUUGCUCUAUUGUAAAUGGGACACGCCAUGUGGCAGGUGCCCCACUGGAGCCACCUGCAAUACCACACUCGAAAUAAUGGAAAAUUCCCUUGCUCCGUACUGCGUGUGUCCUGCUGGCUAUGGCAUGACUCAAGACGCUUGCAUCAAAGGUGGCGUGUCUACGGUGGGAGCAGCUAGUAUGACGUUCGAUAGCGACCGAGUAAGAGACGGUGGAUCCCGCCCGUACACUGUGCGUGCCAACAUCAAUACAUGCACGCCAGUUCCCAAGGAGAGGGUUGGCAACUUCACGAGACGAUACUUAGUGUUCAAUACAAACGACGGCACGCCGCUCUUCAGGUCACGCGAAUACUGGACCGGCAACAACUGUACGGGGGAGCUUCUGCUUGACAGGGGAAUGCCAAUCACUCCUUUAUUUGCACAACUCAUCAG